AUGUUGGAUAGUGAAGACGAAGAAGUUCAAUGUAGAACUGUUAAGAUUGCAAUUGUUGGAGAACCAUCUACUGGUAAGAGCAGUCUAUGUUAUCGUUACCUGGGCGGGAACGUCGUGGCUGGCGGCGGCACUCAGGGUGCCGAGGUGAUGGCCGGCCAGUGCCUGGAUCUACGCCCACCCGUGCCACUGCAGUUGUGUGACGUCGCCGGAAACGCAUUAGCGACGCGAAUGCUCUCUAAUUAUUUAUUUGCUUCAGAUAUAAUAUUGCUAGUAUACGAUCUUACAAAUCUACAAAGUUUCGAGAAGCUAAGCAUAUGGUUAAUAAAGGUGAAAGAAAUAUUUGAAAAUGAUGUACAAAAGCCAUUAAUGGCCUUAUUCGGCAAUAAGUCGGAUUUGGAACAUCAGAGAGCGAUAAGACUCUCUUGCGUCCAGAAGUUUGCUUCUGAACAUUUGAUGGAAAAUUUCAAGGGUUCUGCAAGGACAGGAGAAAUGGUAAAUAAUUUGUUUACGACUCUUGUUGCCAGAGUGUUAGGUAUUAAAGUCCAAAGGCUGCCUCCUGUUAUUAUGAACGGAAGGUCCCCGCUCCCAAAAGAUCCUGAAAGGAAUGGACAUACACCGUUGUCUCUGCAGGGAAUAUCUUCUCAGUCGCUUAUCAUGAACAGAAAAGCGUUGAGAAAAGUGCAGAGAAAAGCAUCGUCUAGUAUAUUAAUAGAAAAGUAUACAGAAAAUGUAAGAUUCUGUAUUAUUUGCAAUUAUUUGGGUAAAAUAAUCCCUGCUCUUCAGUCGAGAUGCACCCGGUUCCGUUUUGCGCCGCUGCAACAGACACAGAUAGUACCACGUCUCAAAGAGAUUGCGGAGGCUGAGGGUGUAAAAAUAUCAGAAGAUGGAGUGAAAGCGUUGCUGGCGCUAUCUGGUGGCGACAUGAGGAAAGUUCUCAAUACUCUGCAGAGUACGUGGCUAGCGUACCGCGACGUCACUGAAGACAAUGUCUAUACAUGCGUGGGGCACCCGCUGCGGUCUGAUAUUAACAAAAUACUGCACUGGUUACUCAAUGAAAAUGACUUUGCUGUGUGCUUCAAACAUAUUCAGGACCUUAAAAUUGCAAAAGGUCUGGCUCUUGGUGACAUUUUGACAGAAGUUCACACAAUAAUACAGAGAGUAAAAUUACCUCCAGAGGUGUUGAUUUCUCUGCUUAUUAAAAUGGCGGACUCAGAGGCCCGACUGGCUUCGGGUUGCAGUGAACGUAUCGAGUUAGCAGCUCUCAUAGCAUCUUUCCAAGUGGCAAGAGAUCAAGUAAAGAUGGACGCCAGUGUCUCGUAA